AUGACGCGCAAUUCUCCCGGCAGCCCCAUGUUCGGUAACGGUUCCGGGAUCAUGUCGGGUAACCGGUUGCUCUUGCCCAACAACAACAAUGCUGACGCCACAGCGGUGUCUACACCUUCCGCGAGCGGUGAAGAUGGCGAGAGCAGCAGCGCUACCACUGCGCCGGUGCGAAGAAAGGGGAGUCGGGGCGCUUCCGCCGCGGCCGCCGCAUCUGCCGCAGCCGCAGCCGCCGCCUCUGCCGGCAUCUCGCCGCCAAAAGACGAGGACGGCAAGUACAGGUGCCAAAACUGCGAAAAGACGUACCUGCAUGCGAAGCACCUGAAGCGGCACAUGCUGCGGCAUUCUGGCUCCCGUCCGUACACGUGCGGGCUGUGCGGUGACAGCUUCGCGCGAUCGGAUAUCCUGAAGCGGCACUUUGAAAAGUGCGCGGUGCGGCGCGGGAACCCGCAAAAUCUCGGCCAUCUCGACGCGACGAGGAGGAAUCGCGACAGGAUUGCCGAUGCGCAGAGGGCCGGCGCCGCCGUCUCAGUGACGUCAAUGUCGGCCGAGGGAUCGCCGGGGGGCGCGUCGGGUGCCGGCGUGUCGGCCGCGGGGUCGCGCGAGAGGAAGGGGUCGGGAAAGGCGUGCGACCAUUGCGCUCGCAUGAAGAUCGCGUGCGACCUUCGUUCCCCCUGCGCCAAGUGCGACUCCAAAGGGGUGGUGUGCACCUAUCUCAGGAACCAGAAGCGGAGCCCCAUCGCCGGAAUGAUGGAUGGCGACGACCUGUAUGAUGGUGGAGGACAAGAUUUCGAUUCGACGCCCGACCAGCCAGCUGGCCACGGGGAUGGCUUCCAUUUUCCACCUGUGAGACAUCCCAACGCACAUAUGACCGACCGGGGAGCACUCCAAGAACAACAACACUCCUUGGGCUUAAACCAGCAGCAGCAACAGCAAAGGUUGGAACAACGAUCCCCAGCGUCAUCGGCUUCUCCUUCUAUUUCUGCUUCUUCGUUGCUAGCUGGUGGCUCGAAACUGAACGAAAAUGCGCAGCAGCGGCGACACCAGAAACAUCAAGCGCGACAAUCCUCAUCCCCAACACCUGCCUACGGAUCGAGGGAUGGAAGACCGUUGCCCGCCGCCACCUCUGCCACCGCCACUUCUGCGGGGAAUGAUGUGGUAGACUGGAACGGCCUCUUGGGCCCUCCGUUCGCCGGCCCAUAUUUUACGCCACAAGCUAUAGGAACACCUACGAUCGCGGGGAUGAUGCAGAAUGACGAUGAAAUCAACACUCUGAUGUACAAUUUUGCGCCGCGAUACAACCAGCCACUGGAUACUCUGGCGUCAUUGUACCCGCCCCCUGGUCCGCUACAGCGGCCGGAAAGCGAGAUCGCCGAAAGCGCCAGUCUCAUCCAGCACCAGUGCGACCGCAUCAUCGCCCUCUGCUUCUCGGAGAAGACGUCGGGCUCGCCGAUAUCAUCGCAACUUCAGAAGGAAUACCAAAACGCCGAUACCGAAGAUCUCAAGGCAUGGCUCAGUCCGAAUCAUGUCGAGCACUUCGUGACCCUUUUCUUCACCCACUUCGAGGAGCAUUUCCCCAUGAUCCACAAGCCCUCGUUCGAUCUGCGGACCACUCACGAUACCUUGUUGAUGUCGAUCGUCUGCAUCGGCGCCGUGUACUCGGAUCGCGGAAUCACCGUGGACCAGGUGCGACGGCUGAUGGAUUACCAGUACAUGGCCAUGGCGCAUCGCACAUCGCCGUACUCGUCCGACGAGUUAUCCGUCACGGGACUCGAAGACAUCCAGGCAAUGGAGCUGCUGCACGUACUCCUCACGUGGCACGGCAAUCCGAAGCAGCGAGCGAUCGCGCAGGAGCGAUACGAUGUGGUGGUGAACAUGGCUCGACGAGCCAACCUCUUCCGAUCGCUCGACGAGAACGAGCUCCGGCAGGAGUGCGCGACCGCAAACGGCACAUGUUAUCGCGAGCUCACGGACGUCAGCUUCCGCCCCAAGGGCUCCGUCUCGUGGAGCUGGCAGUCCUGGAUCACGCAGGAAAGACGCAACAGGUGUGCCUACACCAUAUACCUCCUCGACACAGCAUACGUCCUGUACUACAACGUACCGCCCAAGAUCAAGCCGCACGAGAUGAGCCUGCCUCUCCCCUCCGACGACGCCGCAUGGGAGGCCUGGGACGGCACGACCUGUGCCGAAGCGCUUGGCAUCUUCGGGCACGACCGCGCACACGCCGUGAACCCCCACGGCACCAAGAACGGCACGCAGAUCCGCUUCCAGGACGCGGUCAAACGGUUCAUGUCGCCGGAGCCUAGCUUCCCACCCGCGUGCACCAACGCGCACUCCAAAUUCAUCCUCAUCCACGCACUGCACAUCCAGCUGUGGAUCCACCACAUGCACGCGGAGCAGCCAGACGCAGGGUGGAUGAGCUACUGGCUGGGAAUGGACCCAUCUGGCAGCGAGUUCUUCGACGACGGGCGCGUCGCCACGCUCGCCCGCGCCUUCGACAAGUGGAUGGACGUGUGGUUCCGCGACACGCAGACACAGUACCCCGGCCCUGCAUCCCGCGUCGGGUUCUCGCGCAAUGGCACACAGUACUACUACCUCGGGAAGCUGUUCCUGCGCUACAAUAGUCGCAGACAGGCCGGCUACCGAGCAUCAGGCGACGAGAGCAAUGUCAAGCUCACCCUAGCUAUGCUGCAGAACGCGAAGACGGCCCCCGGACCGCUGGUCCCCCCGCCCGGCGGUAGGGCCGGCGAUAUCGAUGAGAACUAUGGCGUCGAGGAUCUGACGUAUAAUAUGAAGUUGCUGUUUAAGCCGAUCGAUGCGAGGGACGAGGAGUAG